GACCAACUUUGUCCUUUUCUGUCACUAAUUUGUCCUUCAGAACCCAGAGGGGAUGAAUCCGAACUGCGCUUGAUCCUGGUUGGCAAGACCGGCGGUGGGAAGAGCGCGACGGGGAACACGAUCCUCGGCCGGAGGGAGUUUGAGUCCGUCCUGGCACCAAGGACCACCACCUUGAGGUCCCAAAAAGGGAAAAGAAGGUGGAAGGACCAGGACGUUUCUGUGAUCGACACGCCAGCCAUUUUUGAUGGCGAUGUCUCCAGGGAGAUCCUGGUCCCUGAGAUCAGGCGCUGCGUUGCGCUCUCCAGUCCUGGCCCUCAUGCCUUGGUCUUUGUCACCCAAGUCGGACGCUUCACCGCAGAAGACGAAGCGGCAGCCAAACAAGUCCUGGAUGUAUUUGGGGAGGGGGCCUUUGGGCGCAUGGUGGUCCUCUUCACCCGCAAAGAGGAGUUAGAUGGGGGUUCAUUGGAGGACUACUUCUGGGGCUCAGACAACGAGGGUCUCCAGGGGCUGAUUCGGAAGUGUGGGGGGCGCUUCCUUGCCUUCAAUAACAAGGCAGAUGGGAUGGAAAGGGAGAGGCAGGUCUCUGAACUGAUGGAAGUAGUCCAGGGAAUGCUCCAGGAGACGGGGAGGCAUUACUCCAAUGAACUCUACUUGGAGCAUGACUUAACGGAUGGAAAGAUCCUCUCUUUCAUGGCAGAGAACAGAGGAGUCAGGAGAAAGGCAGCAGGAGGCUGGGAUUGGAAGAUAAAGUGGUUGCUAGGAGGGCUGGUUGCUGUUGUUGCUUAUUAUUCUUGGCCGAUGAUUUAUCAGUGAAAGAUGAUUGGUACAUUUUCAUCUUCUCUGAUGUGCCAAAACACCAGCAAUGCUAUAAAAUGUUUUUAUACAGUGCUACCUCGGGUUACAAAAUUAAUUCGUUCCACCGUUCCGUUCGUAA